GUAAUUCCACAGGACAUGGAGGAAAACCCACAAUUACAUUUGGAUAUGUUUCCAACAUGCAGGUAGAAGAUCCAAAAAGGAAUCUACCACAGAGAAAUGCAAGUUCCACUCCAGAUGGAUGAUUUGGACCUUCAGCAUGUCAUAGCAAAAGUUCGGCCACAACUAGUGGCGUUCCUCAGUCAUAACUCUGAGUGGCUGAUCAUGAAAGCCAAGCAUUUCCUCCCCCUUGUGGACCUGAAAUAUGUGGAUGACAUCACUGACUGCAAACAGAAGGUCUCAGAGCUCCUGGACAGGCUUGAAAACGUAGAACUGACCAUUCAGAAGCAAUUUGUUCAGUGCAUCUGCAUGGAAUGCAACCUCCCCAUGGACCUGGAGAUACAACUCAUGAGCUCUGCAGGAGAAGGAAAUUUAAACCAGCAACAAGAAACUCAGUCUCCAUCUUCUCAGUUUGCAGGACCUGGAAGACGGCGUCCAGGAGGCAAUUCUGCUGCCAUUGAUAAAGAAUCUAAACAGCAGCGGUUGGAUUCAGCUGAACGGUACCGGCACCUCCUCAUCAGUUCAAUGAAUCAAAGAUACAGGAGUCAGAGAGCACCAGGAACAACGGUGCUGGGGCAAGUGCAGCCUCCUGCUUGCCACCAACUCUUUGUCAACCUAGUGAUCAGGCAGAGUAAAGCUUCCCGACUAAAGGAGAGACUGGACAAACCCAAGGAGGACCUGGCAGGCUCACAGGAAGCAGAAGAGGUUGCAGAUACAGCAGUGAAAGUAUCUGACCUGUUUGACACCAUUAGCUCGGGUACCACCAGGGUGAUCCUUCUGUUUGGCAAGCCAGGGACUGGCAAGACUAUGCUGAUGCACAGGAUUUGCCAGAAGUGGGCAGAAGGAUCCUUACAUCAGUUUCUGCUGACUUUUCUUUUUGAGUUUAGGCAGCUGAAUCUAAUAAGCCAAAAGCUGACUCUGAAGGAGCUUUUGUUUGACUUUUCCCUUCAGCCAGAAGACUGCCCCGAUGCAGUGUUUCAGCACCUCCUGGAAAAUGCCAAGCAAAUGUUGAUCAUCUUUGAUGGACUGGAUGAGUUUGUGGGUAACACUGGUGUUUCAUCUUCUCCAGAGAUGCACUCUGCCUUUCCCAGGCCUAUGUCCAUAUCUGAGCUCUUCACUGAUCUCUGUGAUGGAAAACUCCUGCCUGGAUGUACAGUAUUAAUCACCAGCCGCCCUAAGAAAUGUCCUGACUUCCUGUUAAACACAGUUGACCUGCUGGCAGAAAUUUGGGGCUUUGACCAUGAGAAGGUUGAGGAAUAUGUUAACCACUACUUCCAUGAGCAUGCAUUCAAAGAACAAGCUAUUGCUCAGCUGAAAAACAAUAGCAAGCUCCUCAGCAUGUGUUUUAUCCCUGCCCUGUGCUACAUUGUCUGCAUCUGUUUGGAAUAUUUGCUGAUUAAACAGCUGCUGUGUGUGGAGCUUCCUCAAACCAUGACCCAGUUUUAUAUUCAAAUGCUCCUUAUUUUUAUCAGCAAACAGCAAAAAGAGUGCAGUCAGAGGGAUGAAGUUCAGCUGAAUCACUACAGGGUGGCUAUUCUGGGCCUGUGUGAACUUGCGCUGAAGGGCCUGGAAGAGAAGAAAUUAGUGUUUUAUGUUGAUGAUAUCCCAGAACAUGUAAAAGAGUUUGCUUCCCUGCAUGGGUUGUUGACAGUUUUUGAAGUAAAGAGGAGUGACCACUGCCCAGAGGCUGGCUAUGCCUUUGUGCAUUUAAGUUUGCAGGAAUUUUUUGCUGCUCUGUGUGUGAUGCUAAGUAAGACAGCAGACAGAAACUACCUAAGGAAAAAGUUCUCUCUGAAGUCAAAGUGGACUUUAAAGAAUGAAGCAAGGACUGAAUUCAUGGAGAGUUUUCACAUCUUUCUCUCCGGCCUCUCGUCAAAAGAUUGCAGGAAAUUCCUCGCACAGUUAUCUGAACAAAAUGAGGCUUGGGUGCAAGCCAAGCAAGCUGUCAUCUUGCAGUCUCUCAAAAAGCUGGCAGCUACUAACCUCACAGGGCCCAAGAUAAUUGAGCUGUGCCACUGCACUUAUGAAACUCAAGACCUUGAGGUAGCUCAGCAUGUUGGGAGCCAGCUGAAUUUCAAGUAUGAAUUCAAAAACUUUAGGUUGACACCACUUGACAUUUCAGCUUUGGUGUUUGUCAUUAAUUGUGGCCAAGAGUUGACACACUUAGAUUUUGCAGGAUGUCCCAUGGAACUAGAUUGUUUGGAAGUUCUAGCCAGCUGUACAAAUAUUGAGUGCCUAAGCUUUAGGAGUAGGAAAUGCGGUGAUGAAUUUGCAGCUGUUCUUUCCAGAACCUUACCAAAGAUCAGGAGUCUGAAAAAAUUAGAGUUAACUGGUGGCAAUAUCACUGCCCUGGGACUAGCUAACCUAGAACAAGCUUUUCCACACUGCACUCAACUUGAAGAAAUAAAUUUGCAAGGCAAUCGAAUGAGGGACCAAGACAUGACAAAGGUGCUUGAAGUAUUUUCCAGAAUGGAAAAAUUGAAGAAGAUAGAUUUAAGCCACAAUGAUAUUUCGACGAAGGCUGUUCUUGUUUUGGCAAAGAGAGCCAUCAUGUGUCCAAAUGUUACUGAACUACAUAUCAGGGGGGACACUAUAAUCAUAUUAUUUUCUGGCCAUCCUGAAACAGUCUCAAGAUCAGCAAGUUUGAGACGGAAAACCAGAAAGGAGAAUGCUGCUCAAAUGAGACACGUGAUGUUACGAUUACAAGAUUGCAGCCUUGAUUCACACCAUACAGAGGAGAUCACUGCUGUUCUCAGGGGCUGCUCCCAGCUAUCUGAAGUGGAUUUAUCAGGUAACCACCUUGGAGAUGAAGGCUGCAGACAGCUGGUGGAAAGCCUGCCUGAAGUACAGAUUUCGAAGUGUUUGGACCUCAGUAAUAACCACAUCUCUGUUGAUGGCAUUUGCUGUGUGUUGAAUUCAAUGAACACCUGCUUGAAUUUGGUGGAGAUAGAAGCCAGCCUUCACCAUCAGACUGCAAUCCUGAAGUUUGAAGGAGCUGAAGCAUUUGCCUCUACCCAAUCUAGGGAUACUUCCUCUUAUGGUGAUCAGUUGGGUGGGAAUGAAAGCCAGAAGCCUAUGGUCCCUAGAAGAAUAAGAGUGACAGACAGUCAUUUUCCCAGGAACGAUCUGGAGAAGUUGUGCACUGUAUUGAAGCACUGUAGCAGAGUAACAGCCCUAGAUCUGGCAAAUAAUUCUCUAGGAGACCAGGGAGUUGAGAAGCUGGUUCAGUUCCUUCCACAGCUGAAAACACUAAGUUCACUAGGGCUAAGCGGUAAUCAGAUCUCCCUAAGUACUGUGUUUUGCUUAGCUCAAGCCUUGUCUUUACUGGAACACAUUAAAACAGUAGACAUCAGUUUGGGAAAAGCUCAGCUCAUCCUUCUUACGUUUCAGGAAGGUGUCAGGGUCAGAAACACCAGAAGAUCUGCAGGAAAGUCUCUGGCUCUACCACAACCUUCAGGGAGUGGCCGUUGCUUUCGUCUCAGGGAAUGUAUGGUGGGUCCAGAGGACAUGGACAAGCUGUGUCAGAUCCUGGCAGGAUGUACUGAGCUGUCAGAAAUUGAUUUGUCUAAAAAUGCACUGAAUGAUCAAAGCAUCCAAAGAUUGCUAACGUUUCUACCAUGUCUGCAUAGACUGAAUCUACUGAGUAUUAGAAAUAACAAGUUAUCACCACGUUGCACUCUCUUACUGGCCAACUCCAUUAAUCUAUGUCAGCGAAUCAGAGAGGUAGAAGUCAGGUGCAGUGAAAAUGCCUUUUUGUGCCUAGCAAAGAAUAUGAAAAUCCAAGAAAUAUCCUGCAGGCUGACCAGUUGCAGCAUUGGACCAAAUGAGAUACAGGAUCUCUGCAAAAUCCUUGAACAAUGUGACCAUCUUGCAGAACUGGACCUCUCUGGGAAUCAGCUCGGCAAUGAGGGGCUGAGAUGCCUCCUGGCUCACUUGCCCCAGAUGCAUGUUUCCCACUUAAUGAACCUCAGCCAUAACAACAUUUCCCAACAUGGAGUUAUGCAUCUGAUUAAUGCUCUCACCACCAGCAGAAAUGUAUUUGAAGUUCAAGUCAGUUUGUGUGCUGAGGAGACAUCACUCAUCAAGUUCACAAGAGAAGAUGAACCAAAGAAGAUUCUAAGACUAACAAAGUGUAACUUUCAGCAAGAACACUCCUUACAGCUGUGUUCGCUCUUGGAAAAGUGCAACUAUCUGACAGAAUACAUAUCAGCAAAAAACAGCAUGACAAUGAGUGCUGUGGAAAAUCUCUUGCGAGCUCUGAGGAAAAGUUUGGGUAUGCUGAGAAUAAGCAUAGAUGAACCAUGGGUAUGUGACAAAGAUCUCCUCACCCUUCUGGAGCUGGCUGUCCAAGUGCAGGGGAACAUUAUAGAGAUCACGAUCCUGAAGGACAAAGGACUCUUCAAAGUGGGUGAAGAAUUUCCUUAUCGAAUGGAGAAAAUGGAGGACGUUGUUAGCAGGCUGAAUCAGUGUGAGCUGGAAGCCAAGCACCUUCACUUUCUCCAAAGGGUUAUUGAGAAAUGUACCCAGCUUCAGGAACUGAGAUGGUCUCACAUUGAUCUCAACAAUACUGAAGCAGCAACUCUAGCCAAUGCUCUUCUAUCUCUUCCAGAGCUGAAGAAGUUUGAGCUGACAUCAAGUACCAUUGUGCCCAUUGGAAUAAGGCAGCUGGCUGCAGGGCUGCAACAGUGUCAUGGCCUUGAAGAGCUGAAUCUGGGCUUCCUGAAACUUGAUGACAUAGCCAUUCAGAUGCUGGUGCCUAGCAUUUGCAAAAUGCCUUCACUGAAAAGACUUAUCUUGAACAAUAACAGUAUUGGUAAUGAAGGUUGCAUCCAUCUUGCAGAAGCCCUGAAGGAUACUUAUCGCCUGGAAGAAAUCAAUUUAAGCCUUAACAAAUUUGAAGAUGUUGGCCUGGUAAAAAUAGCCACAACCCUGCUGGAAAUGCAAAAUCUAAAGAAAAUCAACUUCUCUGGGAACAGCAUUGGUCCUGUUGGAGGGGAAAAGCUGAUAGAGGCUCUGUCCCACUGCAAGCAGGUUGAAGAAUUACUAUUAGCUAGAAUUGUUGUUGGUGACAAGGCUGCAGCACAACUGUCCCUCUGUCUGCCUGGCAUGUGCCACUUGAAGAUUCUCCACCUGCAGUCCAAUGGCAUCAGUUCACUUGGGGGGACUCAGAUGGCCAGAGCCCUGGUUAAAUGUCAGCAGUUAGAGGAGAUAAGUCUGUCAGAAAACAACAUUGGUGAAGAAGGCACCCACGCUCUCUCAGAGGGGCUUCUACACUUCCCACAGCUCAGGAGGAUCGAAUUGAAGCUCUGUGAAAUUGGUGAUGGUGUUUCCAAGCCCCUUGCUUUCGGCUUCAGUCAGUGUCCCUUCAUUGAAGAGAUUAUAUUGUCUUGGAACCACCUGGGUGAUGACAGUGCCUUCGAGUUGGCUGAGAUUCUCCCAGGAAUGACAAAGCUGAGGAUACUGGAUCUGGACAAGAACCGCAUCUCAGCCCAUGGUGCCAGUAGGCUGGCAGAGGAACUCACCAAGUGCUAUGGAAUUCAAGUCAUACGGUUGUGGAACAAUGCAAUAGCCAAGGAUGUUGAAGAGAAUUUAAUGAGGCAAGACUCAAGAUUGCACUUCUCAUUUUUUUAAUAAAGAAAGAGCAAUACAUGGAUGGAGAGUGGCUGAGAAGAUCUGCCAGAAAGAAGUGGGAAAUCAUAACUCUCUAUAUAUGAUUUUCCUUUCCUGCUGCUAACUGAGCACAUGUGUAUGUGCUCACACAAUCAGGUGUUUCUGUACUGUGGAAUCUAACACUGAAUAUAAACUGCAGAAAAGGCUCUUCCUAGUGAGGCUGGAUAGUCUAAGAUUAUUAAAAAAAAUCCUUCAAAUUUUUAUUCCCUUGCAUUAAGCUAACUGAAUCCAACUUGGUCUGGCUGUCAGGGUGACUCAGGAGAAUAUCGCUGUAUCCUUAAUCUGGAUCCUUAUACUUACACUCAGGGUGAAUCAGAAGAAUUUUGCAACUGAAAGUGAGGAAAUAAGAAAUCCUCUUACAAAUACCCUCAAAUAUUUUCCAAGUCUGAGUAAAAUAUUAACAAUAAAAUUGUGAUCCAUAGUUUUCAGCCAAAACCUCAAACAGUGGACAUUGCAAAACUGCUUCAACAAUAGCCGCACCUGGAUGAUGUAAAGAAUAUUUCCCCAUGCAUGCCAAUGAGAAGACAGCUGUUUUGUAUCAAACAAUUUUUGGGACAGGUAAAAUGACUUGCAACAAAGCUGUAAAUAUUGUAUGUGAAAUAUCUGGGGGAAGCUUUUCCCUUCUUUCAUGUAGCUUUAGUUGGCUCAGUUAAAUCUGUUAGAAUUGAGUGACUAAAUGGCUUAAAGCACUUGUACUUAAAGUUGCACUGAACUAUUUGAAGAAAAGAUGCCUGUGUGUAGUGUAAAUACUGCCAAAUCCUGCUAUUUGAUAUGUGAGAGGGGCCCCUUUUGUGCACACAGGUACAUAUCCAGUUGCAAAUUGGGGCUCUGGUUUAAAAAUAUUCACCCUAUUUAAAGAUGUGCACCUUAUUUAAAAAAGUUCACUCUGGGAGUGACUUUUGUCUUUUGUACUGUAAGUAUUCAAUGUCCAAAAUGGGAUUAUUUAUUUGCUCAUUUACUGGCUUUGGAUUGGGAGUCUGAUUUGGAAGAGGCAGCUUUUUGUAAUAAAAAAGGAGAAUGCUAAUGAAUUCUUAGGCAGUACAUUCAAUUCCAUGGAAUAACAGCCAUUCUCAUGCUGGGUUUCCUGGGAAGUAUAUUUUGGUUUUGAGUUGUAGGACUCUUCUGGGAAAGGGAUUGGUGGUUUACAGAGCAGUUACAUUUGAAAAGUGUGUGUGUGUGUUUUAAGCAAAGAUGCAACAAGUUUCCAUAAUUCAAGCCGAUUCAGUGAAGCAUGUGCUCAAAGUGCAUAUGCACUUUGUUGAAUCUGGACUUUCCUCGCUUCCUCUGUUUCUAGAUCUAAUUUGCUCAGUUUGUAAGUGAAAAUAUUUCUCUGUCAGCCUAGCCACUAGUGACUAAGGAGCUCAGGGAGCCAUGGUGUAGACACUUGAACCCAAACACAACUAUGUACCAUGAACUUGACUCCUGCCCUUAGCAGUUGUCUGUGAUUUAGUUUACCUACCAGGAUUUAUGGGACCUUAAUUGUGGUUGCAGCUGUAUGGUGGCCACGCCCCUGUUCUGGAUUUAACAUUUCCAGUAGGAAUUUUUCUGCUGCCAGAAUUGCACCCGCUUCCCUAAGCAGUAGCUGGAACAGUUGUCUCCACCAGUGGUUUUGCGAGCAUAAGGCAGGGUAGAUUUGCACCUUACAGAGUAACUAAAUCAGAGAGAUAUACCAUAAGCUUUCAUGAGCCCAAACUCAUAAAGGACAUGUACAGAGUAGUGUAUAAAAUGAGACUAAUUAGAAUACAAAAGGCAGGAAGGGAGGAGAGAGGGCUUGUUAGUGGGGAAACAGCUAGAUUGCUCCAUAAUUGAUCAUUCAUCCAUUAUGGAGUCUGAGGUUUGAUCUGGGGGCUGUGCUGACAGCCAGAGGGAUUCUGUUGUCCUUCUCAUGGGGUUGGUAUUGUAGUAGGUUGGUCUGAGGUUUGAGUCUAGCUUUGUUGAUCUGGUGACAACAACUUUGGGAUUGUAUUGUAAUUGUAGGAAUCCUUACUCAAGAUUCAACACAGCCAUGAACGACACAUGAACCCUGCCUGGUGGCUGCAGGGGAACAGCGAUGGCAGGAGCGUGGCAGCAGUAAGGGGCAGAUGCCACCCACACUUUCGGCCGCGGGAUGCCGAGCGCUGACCUAGGGGCAACGACCAGUUGCGGUCACUGCUGGCAGUGUCAGCAGUGCCUUUUUGUAGGGGGUGCACUGCCACGCUCAGCAGAUACACGUGCACCCUCUACUCAUCACCUCUUAACAUAGCCAUGGUAUGGAGUGUAGAGAAGGUUUCGUUCAGAAUGUGUACUUGGCAUACUAGCUGUUCCCUACCUGCAUUCUGCCAGGCUGCUUCUGGGAGUUUAAGAUGUCAGAUAAGAUCUAUGAUAAUGGUCCUUUCUGACCUUCAGAUCCAUGAAACCCAGGCUGGGAUUUAGUUGUGUUGAUUUCUUCCUGCCUUUUAAGCCUGCGCUGCUGUAAUUACAGUGAGACUAGUAAGAGUUAAGUGCUGCUCCACAUGAGGAAUGGAGGCAGAAUUUUGCGCUAUCUGAAUUAGAAAAGCUGUGGGCGUGGUGCACAAAAUUAAUCAUUAUUUUGUCACCCUCACACGAACAACCUUUGCAGAAGUCCAUUGCUUUUAUCACAGGCGUGCACAUCUGUUCAUUCCAUAAGUAAACACAUGUGUACUGUGGCACUUGUAAAAACACAUUCCAUUAACUGUUUUGUCAUUUCCCUCAUAAUGCUGCAAUUUCUACAUUUUAACCUGUUUGGAUUAUAGAUGUUUAUUUACCUUUUUCAUCAAUUUCAUUUGCUUCUGUACACUUUUUUGUUUAUUUUGAUGGGAGCCUGUGUGUGAAUAAACAGGAAAUGCCUUGGAAACUGCAA